AUGGGCAAUCACAUUGGCACAAUGUUCGUACCAAGAAAGAAAAAGACUAAACCAAGUUUAGAUAGCGAUUCGAGCACAACAUUUUCUACUACAUCAUCCACUUUGAUCACCACCGAUUCACUUUCAAAAGUACUCGAUCCCGAUGAUAAUGUCUUAAUGGACAAUUACAAUAUACAACAUUAUAUUUUUAAACAUACUUGGAAAGUCAGUAAAGAGGGAAAGGGAGAGAACGAUACUAUUGGGCAAUGGAAUAUAGCAAACUUCUCAGCUCCAGUUCACGAAGCACUAGAAUCAGGAAUAAAUGUUUUGGACAUUGGUUGUGGUCCAGGUACUUGGAUACUUGAUAUGGCUACUAUCUAUCCAAAGUCCACUUUUUAUGGACUCGACAUAUCACCAGCCUACCCCUCACAAAUCAAACCGGUGAAUGCGGAAUUUAUAACUGCUGAUGCACUCAAGGGCCUCCCGUUCGGGGAUGAUUUUUUUGGCCUUAUUUAUUUAAGAUUCUUGAACAAAUCGUUCACCAAGGAUGAUUGGCAAAACAAGUUACUAGAUGAGCUAAUGAGAGUCACUAAUAUUGGUGGGUGGAUUGAAACGAUGGAAAGUGGACUAGUUCUGCUCAAUCCAGCACCCAAUCUGGAAAAAAUAUGGAACGCAGCCAGAGUGCUACUCGAAGAAAAUGGAGUUUGGGUCGAUAUGGCCUAUGGAUUAGAAAAUUUAUUAAAAUCACAUCCACAAUCUUUGAAUGUCACAUUUCAAGAAGCGUGGCAUGCGGUCGGUGCAUGGGGAGGCAAAGAUGGAGAAAUUUGGGCGACUCACAUGAUUCAGUCUGCUGCCAUCACUGGUCAGUCGCUGUCACAGUAUUUUGGAAUGACACUCGAAGAAUUCAAAAAAUUUGUGACAGAACUCUCAGAGCAGCUGCACAGUUUCGAUUACAACACCAGCUUUAGUACAAUAAGGGUGUUUUGCCAGAAGACUCGCUAA